ACAUUUACAAACGCGACGCUGCAGUCGCUGGCGACGCUCGACUCGACCAGUCUCUCUCUCUCUCUUAGCUCGCACUCGGCUCGGUUCGUCGCUGAACAGUUUCGCAGCAGGCAGUAGCAGUGGCAGAACAAAAGCAACAAUAGUCGUAAAAGUUGUUGGUUGAAACAGUUGCUGUUGCUGCCGUUAUUUUUACACCAGUUGUUGUGUUUCCAUUCGCUUUAUUCCAUUUCAAACUCAACUGUGACGAAAACACCAACAAUAACAGCAGCAACAACAGCAACAACAACUGCAGCUCAAUUUUCAGGCAGUGUAGGAGGCGGAGCUGCAAGAGGAAGAGAGGAUUAGGCAGUGGCAGAGUGGAGGCGGACAAAGUGCAGCUGCAGCUGCCAAGUUCAAAAUCAACGCCUGACAAUGACAAAGCGCUCCGUUGGGCGACAAGCAACAACAACAACAGCAGCAGCAGCAACGUGUCGCCCGCCAGCAACAACAGCAGCAAUCAAAGCAACAACAGCAGCAACAAUCAAUGAGCGCAGCACGAGCUGGCGUCGACGCUGCGCAACAACAACAACAACUGGAACAGGAGCAACAACAACAACAAUGCAGUUGAGUCGCGCAUCGUUUUACUCAUCGCUGCCGGCAUGUGGCAUGUCCUGGCUGCUGUUCGUUCUGUGUCUGCUCGGCUGUCUGUGUUGUUGCACAGUUGCUCUCGAGGAGGACUGCGUGGACUUUCAGGGUAACAAGGUGAAUCAUGGGAUGCUCUAUGUGCCCGGACCAGGUGUUUGCAGCCUAUGCGUUUGCUAUCAUUCGGAGCCGCUGUGGUGCAAGGCCAUUUACUGUGAUCCGCCCUACUUCUGCAAAAACUUCAGAGUGGGCGAACGCUGCUGCGAAUUCGAGUGUUUGGAUCCGCCCGGCGAGGACAAGCUUUAUCAGGAACGAAUGCGUAAACGUGCCGAGAUAUUAGCCGGAAAUAGUACCGCCAGUCAGGUGCAGAUAAAGGUCGCACCUUUGGCCGUAUCCACAAUGAUGCUCAGCUAUUUGGGCAACACUUUUCUUAACUUAUAACUUGAAGGGAAGGCGCAAGAGUAACGGCGUUUAGCUUUAAGUCAAUAAAUCCCCAAAACCCCCAAAACCCAGAUCUUAAGUAGAUAGUGGGAAAGUUCAUUUUUGUUAACAAUCCCCCUCCGUCGGCCCCGCUCCAUCCCUCCCUCUCAAAAUGAAUACUUAUUACAAUGUAAUAACAGCAACUAACAACAUUUACAAAUACACUUAAGUGCAUUCAACAGAUAUAAAAUAUAUCUAAAUAGAAAAAAAAAAGAAAACAAAAAAGAAAACAAGCAAAACACCAAAAAAAAAAAAACAAAAAAAA